AUGAGCACAGAGCGGAAUAAACAAAAUCACACCGUAAAGCACAGGAUAACUCUAUCUGCGUGGGCGUAUGCAGUGCUGUCUGUUUUGUACAUCGCAUACUGCACACAAUAUACAUACGUGCUCAUAAAAGGCCUGCUCGCCAGCAUAAACAGCAAAGAUUUGCUGUGCUUUAAUCCCCUGCUCCUAAGCGUGCUUUCAUUUUCCGGGCUAUUUCUUUUAGUAUACGACCUGCGCCACUCUGUACACAAAGCAUUCAAACGGAUAGGAACAAAGUACGAGUACAAAAUCAAGCAAGAGUCUGUGGAUAUGAUGUAUGAGUCUGAGCAUAUGCUCAGAAUGGGCCACUACGAAACAGGCAAAGGACUAUUUAAAAUAGCAUAUAACAGCAUAUUCAUUCUCCCGUUGCAGAUUCCUUCUGUUUUUCCGAAUGCCAGCAUUUCUUCGUUCCUAACCGGGAUUUUAGUGCUUGGGCUGCUUUUCUCUGGAUUCUGCCUAGGAAACUACUUGGAAAACCAGGAGUCAAAUGUUGUAAAGCACUAUAUGCUAGGGUCUUUGGAAAAACGAAUGCAGGCGCUCUCCGAGAGAAUAGGAGGCGGACAAGUUGGGGGGCUGCUCACGCUGGGGGGCGUCUUUUUUAUGUACACGGCAGCUUCUCUUGUGCUUCACGGCCCGUACAGCGGGAGCUUCCUAGUGAACAUAGCGGUGCUUCUGUAUGCAGUGUGGUCUAUGCUUAUGUACGCGGUUAUUAGCAUGUAUGCAGGAUAUGUGUACUCUGAGUACAGGAUUCGGUACAUGAAAAGCGCAGGAUUCAGCCUGCCAGCAAUUGUAUACGUGGCAAAGGCUGUGCUCAAGAGCAUGCACAAAAUAUGCGGGAUAUCAAUAAUCUAUGGGGUCUGCAUAUUUCAGCACAUGUUCCGAUCCGAAGGAAGCAGCACGGCCUUCAAGGCGCAGAAAAUGCACAUGCGCAGAUACGACAGAAUCGAAAUGAAGGUCAUAAACUACAUAGUGCAGGAAGACUACUACUCUGGGCCAUUUGAUAGAAGGGAGAAGCCCAUGUCGAUGUACUGGGUGUGCACCAAGUCGAUGUUUGUGGGCGAGAGAAUCUUCGCCGAGGCGCUCCUCCUGGUUUUCCCACUCACGUACUUCUUGCUAGUGUUUGCAACUUUUUCAACUCCUCUGCAGAAAACCUAUACCAUUGCAUACGGGCUGCUUCAGAAGGCGCUGAACAUUGUCCUCAUAACAGAGUCUUCGAGCAACACCUUUUUGCUUCGAGAGCAAACAGAGUUUAUGCUGUACAUGUUCCUUAUGGGCAUGGCCGUAUUUUUUUUCCUUGUUGGCAGGCAGUCUUUCACGUGCAUGUGGGCAAGAGUGCCUUUCCUGCUUAAGGACGCGCACUUUGACGACCCGCAGAAAGUAACUGAAAAGUCCUGGGACGACCUGAUCCGAGACAUCCACCUAAUUAUAUACUCGCAGCCGCUGCCAAACGAAAUGUCGGCGUCAGAGGCUGCGCUAAAACAGUAUGACACCCGGCUCAUAUCGAUCCUAAACCAAAUGUAA